AUGGAACAUACAUGCAAGGACUGCAAAAGGUGGCAAGAGUAUUGGUACUGGAACCACCUUGAACCAACUAAAAUUCGUUUCUCCAGCCUUCUCACUGAUGGAUUCCAUCAAGGAUUAAUGGUUAUUCCAAGAAAAAUUGUCUCUAAAUUUAGAGAACAAUUUGUAACAACUGCAACUCUGAAGAAUCUAAGUGGUCAAGAAUUUACAAUAGGACUAGAAGAGAGAGAUGGAGACUUAGUUUUUAAACAUGGAUGGGUUGAUUUUAUCAAUUAUCACUCUUUGAAGAAAGGAGAUAUACUUACAUUUCAGUAUGGAGGGGAUUCCACUUUCACCAUUUCUAUGUUUGAUGGUGAGAGUGGUUAUGAGAAAGAAGCUCUCCCACCAAGCUUGCAAACAAGGGGGAUGAACUCCAAUGAAGAAGGUUCUUCUUCUUCUUCUUCUUCUUCUGAUGAAUCCUACAGAGUUAGUCUGGAGAGUGAACAAUCAGAAGGUGACAAAACAACAAUUAAGGUUGAAACAGAAAGUGAAGAUGAUGACACUCCACCACCAAAGAAGAUGGCUAGAGUCACCCGUGCCUCCACCACUAGUAAGGGUAAAUCUGUUUGUAGAGAGACUAACUCAAGAGGUACUAGUAAAAGGGUCAUCAAUCUAGAUAAGAGCUAUUCCACAUAUUUCAAAUCAAGAAGAAGACCAGUAUCUAUAUCGGAGAUAGAGCAAACCUAUCAACUGGCUUGUGCAUUUCCAACAAGCAAACCCAGUUUCAUUGUUUCAAUGCUGCCAUGCCAUGUUUACAAAAGAUUCUUCUUGACAAUUCCUCAAGCAUUUGUGAGAGAGCAUAUUCCAAGAAGCACGAAAGAAGUCGUCCUCCGAGUUGUUCCUCCUGGUGUGAAGACAUGGGUGACUACAUAUAAUGGUUAUAGAAGCUAUGGAGUUGGACUGAGUGGAGGAUGGAUGAACUUUGUGAGGGACAAUAACUUGGAAGAAGGUGAUGUAUGUGUGUUUCAACUCACUCAACUACCUGCAGGAAAUGAAAAACUUGCUACCCUCGCCAUGAAUGUCAAGAUAUUUAGAGUUGUCAAAAAAAUUACCAAGUUGGAAAAGGUGACUCAAAACUUCCUUUUGAAAUAA